CUCUCCCUCUCCGUCUCUCUCUAUCUCUCUCUUCGCUGAGUCGACUGGUUCCGGCGUGACGCCGCGCCAUUUGAAGCGGACUCGAAGCGGCGGCGCUUCACGCAUCCCGCUGCAACACUGCGCCGAACCGAGCCUCGUUUCGCCGGAACCCUAACCUCCCUUCGCCGUGCUCGGAAGCCUUUCCUCUUUUGCGGCCGUACAGCUUCGGAGGCAUGGCAACUCAAGCCGCCGCCGCCGCCGCCGCUACUUUCAAUGGCAACAUGAAGAAAGCACUUGCUGGCUUGAGACGUAUCAAUCUGGAUGGACUGCGGUGGAGAGUGUUUGAUGCAAAAGGCCAGGUUCUUGGGAGAUUAGCUUCUCAAAUAGCAACCGUGGUCCAAGGCAAGGAUAAGCCCACAUACGCUCCUAAUCGGGAUGAUGGGGAUAUGUGCAUUGUGCUUAAUGCAAAGGAUAUUUGUGUCACAGGGAGAAAGAUGACAGAUAAAGUUUAUUACUGGCAUACUGGGUAUGUGGGCCACCUCAAGGAAAGGACCUUAAAGGACCAAAUGGCGAAGGACCCCACAGAAGUCAUUAGGAAAGCAGUUCUCCGCAUGCUUCCAAGAAACAAAUUGCGUGAUGAUAGAGACAGAAAACUCAGAAUAUUUGCUGGUGGUGAACACCCUUUUGCUGACCGGCCUCUUGAGCCUUAUGUGAUGCCUCCUAGGCAAGUACGGGAAAUGCGACCUCGUGCAAGACGUGCCAUGAUUCGAGCUCAGAAAAAGGCUGAGCAGCAACAGCAGGAAAGCGCCGACACAAAGAAGGGUAAAAAGAGAGAAAAGACCCCAGAAGUCAGUGAAUGAAGAGAACAUGUCUAAGAGCAGUUACAUUUGAUUGCCUAUGCGUACAUGUUUGGAUGCGCAAUCCAUGCGACAUCUCCUUUGCAACCUCUUUUUGUCCAAUGUGGGAUUCUGGAGCUUGUCUAUACUCUUCUCUGGGCAGAUCGAUUGGAUUGCUGUGAAAAUUUUGCGGGGAUGGGUUCUAUUUUAUGCAACAAGGGAAUAAUUGACUGUAAUUUAGAUGCUUGCUGAGAGCUUCAGUGGUUUGCAAAUGUGUUAAUUUCCCGAGUCACUCUUUUUGCGAAACUGGUUGUGGAACCAGGUUCUGCCUUUGAUCUUAA